GGAUGAGUUCGCCAGCGAGUGCCCUUGGAAUCUUUUCAUGAUAAGCAAGAGAAUCCUGCGAUACAAGGUGCAGAACUCACCAGCUCGCUGUGAUGCUUGCAAAUCCCAGUGAAAGAAUCCAGAUCAUCAACUCUGCUGGUCACUCCUCCUACAAGACCCUGCCAUAAGUCACAAACAUUGCCCAUCACCUCGUCGAAUUCAUCAGAUCCACCAUUCUGGCAGCACGCUGUAAACAUGGUGGUAAACAAGGCGAUGGUCUUCAGACAAAUUCCUGAAGGACUCCCUGUAGCAGGCAAGGACUUAACGAUCGAAACCAUUGUCGACUACGAUGAAACCUCCCCCGCCCCGGAUGGAGGCCUGUUGCUAGAAUCAGAGUAUGCAAGCUUCGAUCCUUACAUGAAGGGACGCAUGCGCCCGGUGCACAUCAAAUCCAACGCAACAGCCUUUGAGCUGAAUAAGCCACUAGUGAACCAAUGCAUCGCCAAGGUCCUCAAAUCGAAACACCCCAAAUACCAGCCUGGAGAUCAGGUCAUUGGGGAACUCCCGAUCCAGCAAUACGUUUCCCUAAGCGGAGCGGAGCUGGGCAAGAUCCAGCACCUGGAGAAUCCCCUAGGGCUGGAGGACGUGCGCGUCUUUCUGGGGGCCCUCGGGAUGUCGGGAUUGACCGCAUAUUCCUCCUUCUACGAAAUCGGACAGCCCAAGAAAGGCGAGACGAUCUUCAUCUCCGCCGCCAGUGGCUCGGUAGGCAGCAUGGUCGGACAGCUGGCGAAGCGCGAGGGACUGAAGGUGAUUGGCAGCGUGGGCUCGGACGACAAGCUCGACUUCAUCGUCAACGAGCUCGGCUUCGACGCCGGGUUCAACUACAAGAAGGAGCGUCCCGGCGAUGCCCUGAAACGACUCGCUCCCGAAGGCAUCGACAUCGACUACGAGAAUGUGGGCGGCGAGCAUCUCGAAGCGGCCCUGGAUGCGAUGAGAGAGCAUGGACGGGUUGUCGUCUGCGGCUUGAUCUCCGACUACAGCGCUGCGCCGGGCCAGCGAUAUCCUCUCUACAACUACAGCCUCAUCCUGCGGAGGCGGCUCACCGUCCGCGGUUUUGUGGUCUUUGACCACGGAUUCGGCGACAAAUACCAUGCAGAGCACCAGGCCAAUGUGCAGCGAUGGAUCAAAGACGGGACGCUCAAGGUCAUCACUUGGGAGUGUGAGGGUAUCGACAAUGCGAUCGACGGCCUUCUGGCUCUGUUCUCGGGGCGCAAUUUUGGGAAGGCUGUCCUGAAAUUCUAACGAUAGCAGAUUGAGUAG